ACGAUUGACGCGGAAGUGCCCAGGUGGUGAACGGAGCGGUGGUGGGUGCAGGUGGGUCGGAUGGCUGAUUAGGUAAGAUGAAAAUUACCUCCACGACCUCCGCUUGACGAGAUGAUGAGCUCCCCUUCAUCGAUCCCAUGCGAACUCAUGCGACCAUGCGUCCGGACCGCGAGCAGCCUCCUGCAGAGCUGGCGGACGCGCGCCGUGCCACCCACUGGCUUCCGCCGCGUGACGCCUGCCCGUGAAGGCUCCCCGACGCUCGCCCGGAGCUAUGCGCAAGCCUUCAGACCUCAGUCGGCGCUCGAGAAGCGCAUCGCCGAGAUUCCAAUCGACCGAUUCCGCAACUUCUGCAUCGUCGCGCACGUCGACCACGGCAAGAGCACGCUCUCCGACCGCCUGCUGGAGCUCACGGGUACCAUCGAGCCCGGCGGGAACAAGCAGAUCCUGGACAAGCUGGACGUGGAGCGCGAGCGCGGCAUCACAGUCAAGGCGCAGACAUGCUCCAUGAUAUACAAGCACAAGGGCCAGGACUACCUGCUGCAUCUGGUGGACACGCCCGGUCACGUCGAUUUCCGCGCCGAGGUGUCGAGGAGCUAUGCCAGCUGCGGCGGAGCGCUCCUCCUCGUCGAUGCCAGCCAGGGCGUCCAGGCCCAGACCGUCGCCAACUUCUACCUGGCCUUCUCGCAGGGCCUGACCCUCGUCCCCGUCCUGAACAAGGUCGACCUCCCCCACGCCGACCCUCCCCGCGUGCUCGAGCAAAUGCACGACACCUUCGAACUUGAUCCAGACAAGGCCAUUCUAGUCUCGGCCAAGACCGGAAAGAACGUCGAGGCUCUGCUCCCUGCCGUCAUCGAAGAGAUCCCUGCCCCGGUGGGCGACCUCACGGCGCCUCUCCGCUUGCUCCUCGUCGACUCCUGGUACGAUGUAUACAAAGGUGUCGUGCUUCUCGUGCGCAUCUUCGAUGGCCAGGUCAAGCCAGGAGACACCCUCAGGUCGUUUGCCACGGGGCUCAAGUACAUCGUGGGCGAGGUCGGCAUCAUGUACCCUGACCAGACCCCGCAAACCGUCCUCAGAGCCGGCCAGGUGGGCUACAUCCACUUCAAUCCCGGCAUGAAGCGGUCGCAAGAAGCCAAGGUCGGCGACACCUAUACGACGGCAGGCUCCGAGAAGCUGGUGGAGCCGCUGCCAGGUUUCGAAGAGCCGAAGAGCAUGGUCUUCGUGGCUGCCUUCCCGACCGAUCAGGACAACCACGAGCAUCUCGAAGACAGCAUCAACCAAAUCAUUCUCAAUGAUCGCAGCGUGACCCUCCAGAAGGAGUCAUCGGAUGCUCUCGGUGCGGGCUGGCGCUUGGGCUUCCUGGGCACGCUUCACUGCUCCGUCUUCGAGGACCGCUUGCGCCAGGAACACGGUGCGAACAUCAUCAUCACGCCUCCUUCUGUCCCAUUCAAAGUCGUAUGGAAGGAUGGCACUGAGUCCGUCAUCACCAACCCGAACGAAUUCCCGGACCAAGACCAAGCUCACCUCAGGGUCCAAGAAGUUCACGAGCCGUACGUGAUGGCGACCAUCGCUCUCCCGGAUGAAUACCUUGGAGAUGUCAUCAAGCUGUGCGAAUCGAAUCGCGGCGAGCAGAAGGAGCUGACAUUCUUCACCGCCACCCAGGUUAUCCUCAAGUACGAUCUGCCUUUGUCGCACCUCGUGGAUGACUUCUUUGGCAAGCUCAAAGGAGCGACGAAGGGAUACGCCUCCCUUGACUACGAAGACGCCGGAUAUCGCAAAUCGUCAAUUGUGAAACUUAUUUUAUUGGUCAAUGGCGCCCCCGUCGACGCCGUCUCGCGGGUACUACACACUAGCCAGGUUGAUAAGGUCGGCCGCGCAUGGGUCGAUAAGUUUAAAGAGCAUGUCGACAGGCAGAUGUUCGAGGUGGUCAUCCAAGCCGCCGUCGGGCGACGCAUUGUCGCACGGGCAACCAUCAAGCCAUUCAGGAAGGACGUGCUUGCGAAGCUGCACGCCAGCGAUAUCAGCCGCAGGAGGAAGCUGCUAGAGAAGCAGAAAGAAGGUCGGAAGAAGCUCCGGGCGGUCGGAUCGGUGGUCAUCGAACAGGAAGCCUUCCAGAAAUUUCUCGCCAAAUAGCGACCAUCACUCCCCGCUCAGCAAAUAUAAAUAUUUUCAAAUUCAACCUUCAAAUCUACCUAGGUAUUCCGGCGUUUUGUCGUAAGGAAUCCGAUAUAACCGCCGAACGGCCUAUGGGUCCAUUGGAUUCGGGGCAGACCCUGCCCUAACAGCUCUAGCCUUGCAGAAGAUGGAAGAGCAUCUUGUCCAACUUUGCAACCUUCAGCUAACAGCACCACAUGUCUCUCAUUCCGCCAGCAUCAUUCCUUUGACUGUUAAUGUGCAGUGCUGACUAUUGCAGCUUCAACGAGUCGCGGACCUAUCAGCGCGUCAUUGACCAUUAGAGGGCGGGGACAGAUAU